AUGACUGAAAAAACUUCUUUUACUGCUAUUCCGUUUGAGGAUUCUCAAGUUCCUAGUGAACGAGAAUUGCCACCUUACAGUGAGAAACCUCGUUAUACAUUUCCUCCAACUUCUCUUGACUCCAAUCCGCAUGAAUGUCGUUAUCAGCAAAGAAAGAAAGCUUGGAGAAAGGCGUUGCUUGUUGUAUUACUUGUAUUUUUGGGAGGAAGAUUCUUAUUAGCUGGAAUUUCGUACUUCAUGUUUAAUGCCAAUGAUGACCAAUAUAUUUGGAUUCAAGUUCCUGGCAUGGAUCCAGAAAUUGGAUCACAUGAAAUGCCAUAUAAUGCUCCACCAUCCGAAGCAACUCUCAACAUUCCAGAAUCUCCUACAUGUGAUUCCUCCGUAAAGUGGAAUGGUCCAAGUGAAUUGUUAUUAGAUCCUAAUGAUGUCACUGGAUUGAUUUUUAAGGUUAAAGGGAUAGCGCACGGAAGUGUUAUUAUUCGUCAAGAUCCUAACGCAAAAGAUUUUCUCAAUGUUACAAAUAAAAUCUUCCUUUCUGACGAUUCUCUUCAAGAACAAGUUGAUAUUAGAAUUGAUAUCAUCGAUGAAGACUAUUCUGUCACUGUUGAGGCUCCAUCAUUUGAAGGUCCUCGUCCUUCCCAAAAAUGUGUCCGAGUUGAUACUAUCAUAACCAUUCCAAGCCAAAUUCAUGUCUUCAGAUCACUUUUAGUUGAUGUACCAAAUAGUUGGAUCUCUGCUGAAGGUUUGGGAGCUAUUGAUUUCGCUUAUGUCAGUCUUAAGACUAUUAAUGGACAUAUUCGUGUUGAUGAUAUCAGUGCCGCUAUUGCCGAAGUUGCCACCAUUAACGGACACGUUAAAGGUGAUUACGUAAUCGCCGAGAGUUUUGAUGUUCGUACUAUAAAUGGCGCCAUUGGAAUCCAUACAAUUAUUAACCCUUGGUCUGAUGAAAUAUCCAUUACUACAAAAUCCGUAAACGGUCAUGUAGAUGUUACAGUGCCUGAUACAUACCAUGGAGAUUUCUCUGUCUCCACAUUAUUUGGAUAUUCAUAUGUUGAGGGUAAAGAUAUUACAUAUGUAAGAAAGUCACGAAAUGUCAAGACUGGUUAUAAAGUAAAGAAAACGAAGAAAUCUAAGAAAGGAUGCCGUCAUCACAAACAUCAUCACAAACAUCGUCACAAUAGUCAUGAUGAUGAAAAGACAUCACAAAUUGUUAUCGAGGCAGUAACUGGUUCUCUUGAAUUAUACUU